UUCAGUAGAAUUGAUUUAAAAAGGACAUAAAAAAAUACAAUUUUGGUGUUUCCCUGCAUGACUGCAUUGCUGAUACCAAGUUCCUCCUGCCCUUAUUUGUUCUUCAUUCUAAUUGAUGCAAUAAUUCAGUCUGACAUUGAAAUAGCUUACUUUAUUUUCUUGUAAAAUAGACACUUAUGAAAUCCCAUGAAUCCUAAUCUAGCCUUCCACCACUAUCUGUCAUCAAGAUGGUUUCUGUAUCUACCUAUUCUCAGGUACAUUAUUGGGUAAUUUUACUUAAAAUGUCACAUAUGUCCGAUCGAGGCCAAACAGUUAAGUGGGUCAGCAAAUAAUUUCAAUAAUGGAAGGUUGCAAGUUCCAACGCUGGUCACAUCAGUUACAAGAGUUACUCAAAGAAUGUAUAAAAUUAAUGGAACAAAAAAAUAGAUCUCUCUCUUUCUCUCUAUACAGACAGUCCUUGGGUUACUUUGGACUGGACAUAUGUUGUUACAUGGUUACGUGGCCAUCUGGAAUUUAUUGAUAUAAAAAAAGUGCCGUCAUUUCGAUGUAAGGCUUUUGCUGGAAUUUCGCUUGGGUAUUAGGUGGCCAGUUGAGCAGAUGAAUAAGUCCUCACGCGGCGCUAUAGGAGGAAGACGCUGUCCUUCAGUCUCCAUUUAUAAGCCAUUUAGAUUGUGCUUCAUUUGCUCUCUUUGUGUUGUUAUUUUGAACACUUUUUGCCCUUCCUUAUGGCUCCUAAGCGAAAGGCAGAUUCUUCUUAUGGCAGUGCUACGAAAAGAAGGAAAACCUCAAUGGAAGUGAAAGUAGAUGUAAUAAGAUGCUCAGAAAAGGGCGAAACACCAAGAAACAUCGUCCAGUUGCUUGGCCUCAGUCCUAUGACUGUCUCGGCGAUCAUCCACGAUAAAAAGCGUGCACUUGACCAUGUGAAAGGAUCUGAUCCUAUGAAAUCAACUGUGAUUACAGAGCAGCGCAGCAAUCUCAUGAUUGAGAUGGAAAGAUUAUUAGUGCUUUGGCUGGAUGACCAGCAUCAACGGCGUAUCCCAGUUAGCCUGAUGUUGAUUCAGGAGCAGGCUAAAAGAUUGUUUGAGGCCUUGAAAAAAGAAAAGGGGGAAGGGAGUGAAAGGGAAGAGUUUGUGGCUAGUAAAGGUUGGUUUAUGCGUUUUAAGGCUCGUGCUAAUUUGCAUAAUCUUAAGGUGCCAGGGGAAGCUGCUAGUGGUGAUGGGAAAGCAUCAGGUGAUUUUCCUAGUGCGUUGGAUGAGAUAAUUAGGGAGGGGGUUACUGUGAUAAACAAGUGUUUAAUGUGGACGAGACAGUCUUGUUCUGGAAGCCUAUGCCUACACGUACCCACAUUGCCAAGGAGGAGAAGACAGCAUCAGGCCAUCAAGCCAGCAAGGAGAGAUAGACUUUGCUACUUGGGGCUAAUGCUGCUGGUGACUUCAAGCUGAAGCCCUUGGUGUGUCUGGCCGAGAAUCCAAGGGCACCCAAGGGCAUAUGGAAGGGUCAACUACCUGUCAUCUGGAAAUCUAACAAGAAGGCCUGGGUGACACUUGGCGUAUUUGAGGACUGGUUCACCAACCAUUUUGUGCCAGAAGUGAAGGACUACUGUGCUUCCAAGGGGCUGCCCUUUAAGGUGUUGCUAGUGCUGGGCAGUGCCCCUGGUCACCCUGCCGAUCUGAAUGACUUUCAUCCAAAUGUCAAGGUUGUUUACCUUCCACCUAACACCACCUCCCUUUUACAGCCUAUGGACCAAGGUGUCAUUGCUUCUUUCAAGGCCCACUACCUCCGAAGGACAUUUGCUAUGGCUUUUAGGGCAACUGAGGAUAAAGAGUUGACUCUCAAUGACUUUUGGAAAUCUUACAAUGUUCUUGCUGCUGUAAAGAACAUUUCUGAUUCUUGGGAUGAAGUUAAGCAGACAAACCUGAAUGGUGUUUGGAAAAAAUUGUGUCCCCAGUUUGUGAAUGAUUUCCAUGGCUUUGAGGAUUCAGUUGAGGUUGUCAUCCAGAAUGUUGUUGAGUUGAGUAAGCAGCUUGAUUUGGAGGUGGAGGCUGAGGAUGUCACAGAGCUGCUGGCAUCUCAUGGAGAGGAGCUAUGUAUCGAGGACCUCAUUCAACUGAAACAGCAGUUAAUUGAAGAGGAAGACACACCAACCCCAGAGCCCAAGAGAUUUACAAGCAAGGAACUGGCAGGGGCCUUUGCCAUGAUAGAGGAUGCCUUGGCAAGGUUUGAGGCUCAGGACCCCAACAUUGACAGGUACACUAAGGUUGCCAGAGGGGUCAUGGAUAGCCUGCAGUGUUACAAGGAGAUUUGGGAGGACAAGAAGAAGGCAUCCUUCCAGACUAGCCUUGAACAUUAUUUUAAGAAGGUAGAGAGGCCUGCAACAGAUCCUGUACCCUCUACCUCAUACGCCUCUCCAGACUCACCUGACCCAGUAUCUCAUUCACCUUCUCCAGGUUCUGCCUCUCAAACCUCCUCCCCACAGCAGCCCAGUGUAAGCCCGUCUCUCCCUCCUUUACAACGUCCAGUGUGCAAGCCAACAGCAGUAAUAAAGGAUAUGAACUUUGAGGACGUGGCCAUUGCCUUCUCUCAGGAGGAGUGGGGGCUCCUUGAUGAGGAUCAGCGACGUCUGUACUGUGAUGUGAUGCUGGAAGUGUUUGCACUUCUGUCAAUUGUAGGUCCUUGGCAUAAAAGGGAUGAUGUGGAGGCCUAUUCUGAACACAGUGUAUCUGUAGGAGAGUCUCAGGUCAGGGCUUCCAAGACAGCUGCAGCCACCCAGAAAACCCAUCUGUGUAAGCCGUGCUUCUCAGUAUUAAAAGAUAUUUUGCACCUGAGUGAGUUACAAGUGGUUUACUUUGAGAAGAAUGUGUUCUUAAGUGAUGCAUGUGUGAGAGACUUGUGUUUCAGUGCAAACACUCACCAGCAACAGAAGGAUGCCAGUGGAAAGAAGCCCUGGAAAGAAGAUAUGGAGAGUGCCUCGCUCAUGACAAGUUGCUGCUUCUACUUAUCUGGGGUGCCUGAAGCCAAUAUGGAGGUUGGUGAAGACUCCCCAGCCAUCUCAGGGCUUCUCCAGCACCAGGCCACUCUUAACACUGAGGAGCCACACAGUAACAAUGAGAUUUCACAGGAAUUUCUCAGUGGAAAAAGAGAGGAGUGGGGGCUCCUUGAUGAUUUGGAGGGUGACUAUAUCCACAUCCAUGGCUUCCACUUCUGCACCUUUCCUAUAAAUAAGGACCUUGGUGAAUGCCUGUGCCAGCCAUAUGAGUGUAGUGAAUGUGGGAAGUCCUUCAGUCGAAGGUCUCACCUCACUAUACACCACAGAGUUCACACUGGAGAGAAGCCAUAUGAGUGUAGUGAAUGUGGGAAGCAUUUUAGUCGAAGGUCUCACCUCACUGUACACCAUAGAGUUCACACUGGAGAAAAGCCAUAUGAGUGUAGUGAAUGUGGGAAGUCCUUCCGUCAAAGAUAUCACCUCACUGUACACCACAGAAUUCACACUGGAGAAAAUAGAAAGGUUGGGAAAGUCUCCCCAGGCAUCUCAGGGCUUCUCCAGCACCAGGUAACUCUCAACAUUGGGGAGCCAUACAGUGCAAGUGAGAUUUCACUGGAAUUUGUCUGUGGAAAAAGUCAUCACAAUUGGGGUGGACAUGAAAACGCUGCCAGCAACAGCGGGAAAGUCAUUCGACCUCAGAGUGUCUGCUUUGAAGAAGUGAAUGAUGAGGGUAACACAUUUGGGAAAGUUUCUACACGUAUAUUUAACCUCAAUCGGCAAAAGAGAGUUCAUACUAGAAAAAAGCUCUAUGAGUGUACUGAUUGUGGGAAGUUCUUUAGAGAAAGCUCUUCCCUCAUUCAACACAGGAGAGUUCACACUGGAGAAAAGCCCUAUGAGUGCACUGAUUGUGGGAAGCUCUUCAGGCAAUGCUCUACCCUAACUCAACACAAGAGAGUUCACACUGGUGAAAAGCCCUAUGUGUGUGGUGAUUAUGGGAAGUCAUUCAGGCAUAAGUGUGGCCUCAACAGUCACCGGAGAACUCACACUGGUGAAAAGCCCUAUGUGUGUGGUGAUUGUGGGAGGUCAUUCAGUCAAAAGUGUAGCCUCAACAGUCACCAGAGAGUGCACACUGGUGCAAAGCCAUAUCAGUGUAGUGAUUGUGGGAAGUCAUUCAGUCAAAAGGAUGGCCUCAACACUCACCAGAGAGUACACACUGGUGAAAAGCCCUAUGUGUGUGGUGAUUGUGGGAGGUCAUUCAGUCAAAAGUGUAGCCUCAACAGUCACCAGAGAGUGCACACUGGUGCAAAGGUUUAUGAGUGUAGUGAAUGUGGGAAAUCAUGUGGGUCUAGUCACCAUCUCCUUAACCAUAAGAGAAUUCACACUGGAGAAAAGCCAUAUCAGUGUAGUGAUUGUGGGAAGUCAUUCAGUCAAAAUUGUAACCUCAAGAGUCACCAGAGAACUCAAACUGGGAAAGGGGCGGUGGGCCGCAAUGCCACUGUGUGAGGACAUGGUGAUGUGGCUGAGCCUGGAGGGUUCAGCAAACCCAGGCAUGUUUUGUGUCUAAAGGCGACAGCAAGAGGCAAGGUUGUGCGUGAGGAGUUUUACUUUCAUUCUCAGGAAGCCGGGGUCAUUGUUUGUCAUGAUCAGCAGAUGGACAUUGUGUGAGGCAGGGUUCUGACAUUUUCCCAAAACUGUCCAGAGGAAGAACAGACUAGAAGGGAGAAGCCAGCAGGAAGGGUUGGAAGGAGGACCCUGUAGGUGAUGAGGUCACUGGCAGGUGCGCACUGGACUGAGCCCUGAAUGAUGCGGGCAUCACCCGGCCCCGGGGCUGGGCCAGUGCUCUGAGCAGCCUGAGCCCUUGGGUCCUGGUGGUGGGUG